AUUGUAACCCCCCGCCAUUGUCCCCCCCUAUAAGCCUUUUACGCUUCUAUAUCAUGUAUGUUUUUUGCUAGCCUUUCGGCAUACAAAGACUUUCGACUAAUGAUUCCUUAAAAAGCUUCCCCAAUAUCUGACCCGUGGACCUGACUUGUCUACAAGUGUUUCAAUAUCAUACCACCUAAGCCACCUGAGACCGGGCGGAUUCAUCGGAUCGAAUGACAAACGACGAGCAGAUACUGACGACAAUAGAGUCUCGGCACGGACAACGACGUAAAACAUUACAAUAUAUAAAUCUACUUAGGUAGAUUCGACGAGGGAUGAUUCAAAGUCUUCUUCUAAGAAUCAAAUCAAUCAAGUCAAUCAAGUCGUGAGCAUCCCUUCCGUCGUCAUUACGAUCAAUAAAUAGAAAACAUAAUUAGAAAUAAAGUCGCAACCAUCAACUAUGGCUGUAUCUCCCGAGGCCGUUCUUGGAACUACCGUUGCGUUUUCCUUUAUCCUCUUCGGAAAUGCCAUCACGCAGUCAUUCAUGGGUGUUCCCGCUUUACUGGUUGACUUCCCGCCGCCAUCGUCGCCCGAGCACGCAGCCCGCGCGCGAUUGCUUGGUCGGCAGUGGCCCGUAUUCUGGGUUGUAGGCAAUCAAUUCUUCAGGCCGAUUAGCACGCUCGGCAUCUUUGGCUACGCCUAUACAUCAUGGGUAGCUUCUACGCAGGGGCCGGAUGGCAGACUUGGUGACUGGCGACCGUACGCGGUAUCGGCGCUGUGCCAUCUCAUCACCGUUGUCCAUUCCGCGGCCAACAUGCAGCCUAUCAACCAGAAAAUCGAUGCCCUGCGUGAGCCUAAGGGCAAGGUCGACCCCAAGCAGGCCGAGAGUUACGCUCGGAAAUGGAUCAAAUUCAACACCGUGCGCCUCAUUACGCCGGUCGUUGCUGGGUCGCUGGCUCUCUUCCAGUUGUUGAAACUACAUUAGAGUAUGGGCAAGGGCGCGGGUACUCUUCAGUUCCGCAACGUCUAGGAAUGGGUUGUCUCGGCUGGGUUAUUGGUCCUGGUACAUGCUGUAUAGCAUAUAAGUUACUUACGUAGACGCUUCUCCUACACCUUCUUUUAGCCCCUAUUAAUUCCGCCUUUAUACCACAUGUUAUUUAGAACGAUUGUUGCUUGGCCACCAAAUCUUGAGCAAAGAGACAAUCAAAAUUGUUAAAACUAUUAGAUUGACAUUCAACAUAUAGUUUCACUUUUUUUCUUCUUUAAUAAUUAAAUAUAGAAUUGCAGCUUUUGCAACUUCUA